AUGGAGAAAUCUCGAAGUAUGCUACACUACAAGGGCGUUUCAAUGGAGUGGUGGGCUGAAGCAGUCAAUACUGCGGUAUAUCUGAUCAACCGUUCCACGAACACGCAAAACGCAACUGUGACACCGUUUGAGCUGGGUUUUAAAGUAAAGCCUACAUUAGACCACUUACGCGUAUUUGGUUCUCGCGGCUACGCCCAUAUAGACAAGGCAAAGAGGACGAAGCUUGAACCUAAGAGCUUUAGGUGUCUGCUGCUUGGAUACUCAGAAAACGUCAAGGGUUACCGUGUCUAUGACUUGGACGCUUCCAAGAUCAAAGUGUGUCGCUCAGUAAAGCUGGACGAGCGUGAGGUGGGUGGUAUCUACGUUACACUACCUGCUCAGAUCGAAACAGUUAUUCAUGUUAGCACAGACGCCGAUGAUGAAGUCACGCUCGCACCAUUGGAACGUCAACCCGUUGAAGCGAAGCCAAUGGAAGGCGUUGCGAACGACGCACCGGACAUAGAGAUGGAGACAUGCAACCGGAACAGGAUGCUAUACCUUCGCUGCUGA